AUGCAUGUGAAGACAGGAUUAUUAUUGAUCGCCUGGGCAAUUGCUGCUGUGGCUUCAGGCUGGCGCGGUGAGGUGCCAGCCCAGCGAUCGUACAUGUAUGUUGGAGGACAAUAUAUUCUGAAUGGUGCUGGCCAGCAUGUCUUCGCGGAUCAGAUGUACGUGGAAAAACUGACUCCGGCCGCGGGUGUUACCAAGCCGUAUCCAAUUGUCUUUAUCCAUGGACAAGCUCAAACAGGCACCAAUUGGCUCAACAAGCCUGACGGAGGGGAAGGCUGGGCCUCUUACUUUCUCUCUCAAGGAUAUGCAUGCUAUAUUAUCGACCAAACCUUCCGCGGCCGCAGUGCCUGGUUCCCUGGCAAUGGGACGCUGAGCACCUACAGCGCCGAGCUGUUGCAGCAGCGCUUCACUGCGCCGAAGCUGUACAACCUCUGGCCGCAGGCGUCCCUGCAUACCCAAUGGAACGGGACGGGCGUCAUGGGCGACCCGAAUUUCGACACUUACUAUUCCUCGACGGUCGAGUUCCUCAGUUCAUCAACCUACCAGCAGUCGACCGUGCAGGCCGCCAGCGCCGCCCUGCUCGACAUCAUUGGAUCCCCCGUCAUCCUCCUCUCCCACUCCCAGGGCGGAUGUAUGCCCUGGCUCAUUGCGGAUGUGCGCCCGGAUCUCGUUCACUCCAUCGUCUCGAUCGAACCCACCGGCCCUCCCUUCCAGGACGCCGUCUUCAGUAACUCUUCCACGCGCGCCUACGGGCUUACCGAUAUCCCAAUUACCUACUCGCCCGCCGUGGCCGCCCCGGGCGACCUCGUGAAGCACGUUAUCCCUUCUAACUCGUCGCUGUACUCCGACUGCGUAAUCCAGGCCGAUUCACCCGCACCGAGACAGCUCGUCAAUCUCGCCCAUGUGCCCGUCCUGGUCGUGACGACCGAAUCGUCUUACCAUGCGCCGUAUGACUGGUGCACAGUCAAGUUUCUGCAACAGGCAGGCGUUCCAGCGCAACAUCUCCAGCUGGCGGAUGUCGGCAUCCACGGAAAUGGACAUAUGGUGUUCAUGGAGAAGAAUAGUUUGCAAGUUGCUGCUGUUCUGCAGAAGUGGAUGGAGGGGAAGUAA